AUCCGCCUGGGCCAGAAGAAGCGGGUGCUGAUGGGGCUGAGCGGCAUCCAGGGCUGGGGCGCCUUUUUGCAGCAGGACGCGCAGAAGGACGACUUCAUCGGCGAGUAUUGCGGGGAGCUGAUCAACCAUGAGGAGGCGGACCGGCGGGGCACCGUGUACGACAGGGACGACAACUCGUACCUCCUGGAGUGGGUGAUCGAUGCGCGGCAGAAGGGCAACACGCUGCGCUUUGCCAACCACUCCACCACCGCCAACUGCCGCGCAGAGAUCCUGAUGGUUGACGGCGACCACCGCGUGGCCAUCGUGGCCAACCGAGAUGUGGCGGCGGGGGACGAGCUGUUCUACAACUACAACUACGACAAGCGGGUGGGGAUGGGGCGCGUGUGGUGGUGGUGGUGUGCUACGAUUGUGUGGUGGUGCUGCUGCAGAAGACCAUGUUAG